AUGCAGUGGUUCAUAUCUGAUGUUCCUAGAACAGAUGGGUCUGGGUGUUCUAAAGGUGGAGCAGUCUCCCACUCCAACAGCGUCAAGUUCUCCUCCUCAAACAGAUCCGUUAUCUCUGGUCGCUUCACUUCCUCCCACGGCAGACUCUCCACAUCUCACGACUUCAUCACCGCCCGACAACAAGCCCUGGUGAUUGCAGACGAGGUGAACGCUAACAAUGACAUCAUCCAAGUGUACGCUUACUCUUCUUUCUACCCGUACUACGAGCAGUACGAUACUAUCGUGCGUGAAUGCGCGGUUAAUCUGGUGGUCACUGUAAUAGCUACUUUCAUAGUCGCAUUAGUGCUGCUAGGGUUCCAGGUCCAUGCGGCACUGUGUGUGAUGCUGUCUGUAACAAUGUGCACAGUGGAUAUGAUCGGGAGCAUGGUGUACCUGGAUAUCCCUCUAAAUGCCUUAUCUCUGGUUAACCUUCUCAUGUCAGUUGGAAUUGCUGUGGAGUUUUCAGCUAAUAUUGUACAAGCGUAUACUAUGAGCAAAGAGGUGGGGAGGAUGAAGAAGGCUAGAAGUGCGGUGAGAAAGACUGGACCUGCUAUUGUCGCCCUUGUAGAGGUUAUCAUUUCAUGA